UGUUGCACCCAUGGCGUCUCAUACUCUCACUCAUCUCACCUGCCCCGUCAAAAUCAUGCCCAUCGUCACGGAAGCAGUCCUCGCCGUGGCCUCAUCAGACGGUUUUGACCGCCGGCGAGAGCUGCAGGAGUUCGACGACACCAAGGCCGGCGUCAAGGGCCUGGUCGACUCCGGCACCAAGUCCAUCCCGGCCAUCUUCCACCACCCCCCGUGCUCCCUGCCCCAGGGCCAGGAGCGAGUCACGUCCGCCACUGGCACUGAUGCUGCGGUCCCGGUCAUCGACCUCCUAGCCGCCCCGCGGGAGGAGGUGGUCGGCCUGGUGAGGGCCGCAGCCGAGACGGCCGGCUUCUUCCAGGUGGUCAACCACGGCGUGCCAGGCCAGGCCAUGGCCGCCGUGCUCGCGGCCGUGAGGCGGUUCAACGAGGAGCCCGCGGAGGCGAAGAGGCCAUAUUACACCAGGGACACCACCACCGGCAAGGUGCGUUUCUACUCCAACCUGGACCUCUUCCAGUCGCCGGCGGCCUGCUGGCGUGACACCAUCUUCUGCGACAUGGCGCCGGAGCCGCCGCUGCCGGAGGAGCUGCCGGAGGCCCUCAGGGGCGUGCUCAUCGAGUACGCUGAUGCUGUGCAGAAGCAUGCGCUGUGGGUGUUCGAGCUGCUCUCGGAGUCCCUCGGGCUGGCCGGCGACUACCUGGUCCGCGAGAUGGGCUGCGGGGAGAGCCUCAAGGUGGCCGGCAACUACUACCCGCCGUGCCCGGAGCCGCACCUCACGCUCGGCAACAGCAGGCACACCGACCCGACUUUCCUCACCGUCCUCCUGCAGGACGCCGUGGGCGGCCUGCAGGUGCUUCUCGACCACGGAGGCGGCCGCAGGGGCUGGGUGGACGUCCCUCCCGUGCCCGGCGCACUCAUCAUCAACGUCGGCGACCUUCUUCAGCUCGUCAGCAACGGCCGGUUCAGGAGCGUGGAGCACCGAGUUCUGGCCAACAAAAGCACGGACGCGGCAAGGGUCUCCGUGGCGGCUUUCGUCGACGUGGGGAGGUCUAUGAGGCUGUAUGGCCCCAUCCAAGAACUCACGUCGCCCCAUGGUGCCAAUCCCCCAAUCUACAGGAGCGUCACCAUCGAGGACUUCAUCGCGCACUUUUACAAGAAAGGCAGCGAGAAUCGUCCCAGGCUCGACUACUUCAAGCUGGAGUAGCAUCAUACCAUAUAUACUGCUUUUAUCAUACUCACUAUGUAAGUACAUACUAGUAUAAUGCCUGUGCGUUGUCACGGGCUUCUGAAAUAUUUUUCUGAAGUUAUGUAAAGAUAAUGCAUACUAAAUUUCAUAUAUAAAGACAAUAUAACAUGAUCACAAUU